GGCACCCCCUUGCACAAAAAACAAAGUUCUAGGCUACUGUUGAGUGUUGACAAAAUGAUACUCUAUGACUACUCUGGUCUCUACGAACAACAGAAUAAUGACAUAAAUAUUCAAGUGCAUUCGUUUUACCCGCAGGUACCGACGCAGACCUUGGACCGUCGUCGUGUGUUAAAUGAGGGCUUGGAGAAAAUGCCACGGAAAAUAGGCUAUACAGAUGGAUUUGGGGCACGAGACCACGGCUAUAAAGGAGUGCGUGUGAAGAACACAGUGAAGGAAUUGAUAAAGCAGCAGCGCGUGGAAGGCCCACAGUGCCAGUUCCUCCCAGGACAGGAAGCAGGAAGUGAAUACCCAGUUUUGACAUCCAUCCUACAAGUAAGGAAAAGACCUUCUGUUGACUCCUUCAAUCAUAUCCAGGCGAAAAGGCUGUGUACAAGCAACCACAACAUACCGUCCCUGCAGAAAGAAGUCCAAGCAUAUGAUGAGAACCCUGCGCUGCCUGAAUUCAUGACCAGCCGGCUCCAUCGAGCCACUCUCUUUACUGGCACCGUGACGGUACAAGAUCGAGGCCCACACCCUUCCACCCUGCCUAACCUUAACCUUAAUACCCAAACCAUGGCCACAUUUUCCAGUUCUGACUCCCUCUUUGCUCCAUGCUCUCAGCCACAAAUGUUUGGCAUGGCUUCAUCAUCUUCACCCAAGAUCUUCCAUUCGCAGUCACAAAUAAGAAACAGCAGCAGUGUCACCCAGGGUUCCUUCCUUCAGUGGCAGAUCCAGCAAGAGGAGGAGAAACUCGCUGACCUGACCAGUGACCAGUUAAUCUUGCAGGAUGGUGAUGGAGACACAUACCUCCAUAUCGCUGUGGCACAGGGCAGGAGGGCAUUUGCCUAUGUGUUGGCGAAGAAAAUGGCAGUGAUGGGAGUGCUUGACAUGAAAGAACACAACAACCAGAGUGCACUACAAGUGAGUGUAGCAGCAAACCACCACCUCAUCACUCAGGAUCUGUUGGGUCUUGGGGCCCAGAUGGACACAGUGGACUGCUGGGGCCGCUCUCCUCUACACGUGUGUGCCGAAAAGGGCCAUAUUCACACUCUAAAGGUUAUUCAAGAGUACAUGCAAAGCUACAGCCACCAGAUGGACGUAGACAACAAAAAUUAUGACGGGCUGACUCCUCUGCACAUUGCCGUCCUCUCUCACAAUGCCACGAUCCAGGAUCUGCUGAACCACGUGGGUCCAGUUUCCCUGGAGACUAUGCAAUUGGAACAAAGGAGGAGGCAGCUGAAGGACUGUAUCCAGACUCUGAUGGACAUGGGUGCAUCCUGUGGGACACAGGACACUAAAAGUGGACGGUCAGCCCUGCACAUGGCGGCUGAGCAAGCCAACGUGGAGCUACUGCGCCUCUUCCUUGACCAGCCACAGUACCUGUCUUUUGUCAAUCUGAAGGCCUACAAUGGGAACACAGCCCUGCACAUGGCCAGUUCCCUAUCUGGCCGCGUGACCCAGGUGGAGGCUGUGAGGAUGCUGAUGCGUAAAGGAGCCGACCCCAGUGCCAAGAACCUGGAGAAUGAGCAACCUCUUCAGCUGGUUCCAGAGGGAGAGAUGGGAGAACAGGUCCGCAGUAUCCUGAAAGGCCGUAAUGCUUGGACAGUCCCUCUGUAGGUUCUUCAAACAACACUGUCAGUUAGACAGUCAAACAUUUGUACAGAAACCAUUUGCAAGGAUAUUGCAGAUGUACGUUGUUUUUAUGAAACAGACCAAUUGUGUUUGCUACUAUGUAGCAAAAACACUCGUGAAGUGUUGGGUAUAUAUGAAGAGUUUCGUUGCAAAAAGACGCAGCCACCAUUUUUGACUUCUAUAUUUUAUUAACCUUUAAGAGUGUACCGUCACACCGGUGUGACGGGAAUGUUUGGGCAGUGAAAGGUCUAUAGAAUUCUGGGUGUCAUUCAAUACAAUUUGGAAUUUUAGAAUCUUGCAUUGUUAUAGAACGCAUUCUUUUUAUAGAAUGUUCAAAAACCCACCCUCUUAAAUGUCUGUUCAGAAGUCCCAUCAUCUACGUGUAUGUGUGAAUUCCUGCCAUUCACCUAAUUUGAGAACAUGCUUUUCAGACCUAUAUAAAAAGCAUUUUGCAAUGCAAUGCAAUGGAAUUUCCAAUACAAAAAUGUCAAAAAUUGGCCAAAAUGCUCCAAAAUGGAUACAGUAUAUGUCAUUUUGCAACAAAGCUUUUCAUAUACAUGAUGCAUAUCGGGGCAGCCGUAGCCUAAUGGAUAGAGAGCUGACCUUAAAGGUGCACUGUGUAAUAUUUUAAGCAUUUUCUUUCCAGAAUUCAUGCUACCCAUUCACAAAUGUUGUGAAUGGGCAGCAUUGUACCGCCAUUUAAUUCUACGUAUUCAUCAUUACAGGGAAAAUUGCACUUAUCAUACAUGAAAAGGGGGAUCUUCUCCAUCUCCGCCAUUUAGAAUUUUUGACAAUAGAAAUUUUCAGCUGCACUAUUAAAUUAUAUUAAUUUAUUAUUGAAUACAUAUUCAUGAAAAGAUCAGAUCUGGCAAUAGGAAGCACAGUUUCAGUG